ACUACAUCGCACAAAAGCCCAAUCCAAAGAGAUCCAAUUCCAAUAACUGAAGGAAGGAAACGAUCUUCAAUGCCAAGGACCGACUAGCAUUCGAAGGAAACUCCAUCCGACGCAGAAACGACGAAGCAUUCCCCCGAUCUGUGAGAGGUUAAGGGGUAUUUUCUGGUUACGAGAUGAGUUCAGCUCAGGACCCAUUUUAUAUCGUGAAAGAAGAGAUUCAAGAAUCUAUUGAUAAGUUACAAUCCACUUUUUACCAAUGGGAACGUAUGCCUUAUGAGAGUGGGGAGAAGGUGCAUAUGGCAAAGGAGCUGCUUGCUGCUUGUGAAAGUGUUGAGUGGCAGGUGGAUGAAUUGGACAAAACAAUUGCUGUUGCAGCUAGAGGUCCUUCUUGGUAUGGCAUUGAUGAAGUGGAACUUGAAAAACGGAAGAGAUGGACUAGCACGGCUCGUACACAGGUGGGCAAUAUGAAGAAAGCAGUUGUUGCUGGAGAAGAUUCGAAUGGUACUAGAUCUGUUAGUGUGAGUGGGAUGCGCCGAGAAUUGAUGAGGAUGCCAAAUUCACAUCAGAAUAACCAAUAUGCCCAAGAUGAUGAUGAUUUUAUACAAUCGGAAUCAGACAGACAAUUACUUCUUAUAAAGCAACAGGAUGAUGAAUUGGAUGUGCUUAGUGCAAGUGUGGAGAGAAUUGGUGGGGUUGGGCUGACUAUACAUGAAGAACUGUUAGCACAGGAAAAAAUUAUUGAUGAAUUGGGCACUGAAAUGGAUAGUACAUCAAAUCGUCUUGAUUUUGUUCAGAAAAAGGUUGCUAUGGUCAUGAAGAAAGCUGGCGCUAAAGGCCAGAUUAUGAUGAUAUUAUUUUUAGUAGUUCUAUUUAUCAUUCUAUUUGUUCUUGUCUUCUUUACCUAGACAGAGGUAGCACCAGCAUUUGAUGUUCAUGAAUGAGAGCGUAGCGUUUGAUUCUUGGAAAUAAAUCGAUAUGAGUUGAGGCUUAGAUAAAAGUUGAUGGGCGUACUAGUCUGCAUGUGUGGUAAAAGGUGGCCUGGUGAUUGCUGAACUAAAGAAAGAAUCUACUUCAUUGGAUUUCUUCUAAUUGGCUGGGAUUUGACUCAUCUGUGUUUUAAUUGUACCUUGUAAAACCAGAUCUAUAUGACUCAAAAACUUUCCAGCUUUUGCCUUCUAUUUUUCCUCGCAUGAAUGGUGCUUCAUGUAAUUAUGCAUUAGGAAAUGAGAAGUUCGGGUUGAUAUCCCAUUUUUUGGAGACAUUUUGUAUUGGUUAAGAUUCUGUAGGACACAAUGGAGCCCUCUCUGUUGUAAAACCUGAUGAAUUUGGGUCUCUCGUGAUCAUAAAGAGAACCCCAGUUGAAUUUAGGUCUUACAUGGUCUAUCAAGAGAAAA